AUGUCAGACCUUAUCAGAGAUGCUCCCUUGGGGCAACUCAUCCGCUUCGUCACCCGCAACAAAUAUCUCCAGUACCCGGAAGAAAAGCCUGACUUCAAGCUCCCAGAGUCUUGGGUUGCAGUGAUCAACAAUCCCGACGCCAUCAUUGAAGAGUCUUCUCCCAACGACAACACAGUCCUCACUGGUACAGCUCUCGCAUCCUCAGCCUCAUCCACUGUUGCAGCAGAGGAAGAUCCCAAGCUCAAGGGUGACAAUGAGAAGAACGACAAGAGCGAGAAGAACAAUGAGAACGACGACAUCGAGCGUGCUGAUCCUCAGCCCAUGAGACUCCAUCGCUCACGAUCUCCCCAAGAAACACAAGCCUACACUGUCGACAGACUCGAGGCCGACGAAGAGCACGAUGUCGAGAAGGUCAAGUCUAUCCCUGUUGUUCCCAAGCGGACAAAGGAUGGUUCUAUCCUCGUCGAUUGGUACUUCAGCGACGACAACGAGAAUCCUCAUAACUGGACCAGCAACCGUCGCCUAGGUGUCUCCCUCAUCAUCUGCCUAUACACCUUCGUCGUCUAUACAUCCUCUGCGAUCUACACUUCCUCAACUGAAGGUGUAAUGCACGCUUUUGGAGUUAGUCAACUCAAAGCUUCGCUUGGUCUUGCUCUAUAUGUCCUGGGCUAUGGUAUCGGCCCUCUGAUUUUCUCACCCCUGAGCGAGAUUCCUCGCAUUGGACGAAACCCCGUUUACAUUGUUACGAUGUUUCUCUUUGUUAUCAUCUCUAUCCCAACAGCACUAGUAGACAACUACCCCGGUCUCAUGGUUCUUCGAUUCCUUCAGGGCUUCUUCGGCUCGCCUUGUUUGGCUUCUGGUGGUGCUUCACUGGGAGACAUUUACAGUCUCAUGGCUCUCCCCUAUGCCAUGAUGGCCUGGGUCUCGGCUGCUUACUGUGGUCCUGCUCUUGGUCCUCUGAUCAGCGGUUUCGCCGUCCCCGCAAAGAACUGGCGAUGGUCUCUCUAUGAGAGUAUCUGGGCCUCGGCCCCUAUCUUCAUCCUUAUGUUCCUUCUCCUCCCUGAGACCAGCGGUGCCAACAUUCUCCUCCGUCGAGCAGAGCGUCUUCGAAAGCUCACUGGCAACCAACGCUUCAUGUCACAGAGUGAGAUUGACCAGCGCCAUAUGAAGGUCUCUGCCAUUGCUGUCGAUGCACUCAUCAAGCCUAUGGAGAUCACCAUCAAGGAUCCUGCCGUGCUGUUCGUUCAGGUCUACACUGCCAUUAUCUACGGUAUCUACUAUUCAUUCUUCGAGGUUUUCCCUCGUGUCUACCCAGUCUACUACAACAUGAACCUUGGUCAAAUCGGUCUCGUCUUCCUCUGCGUUCUCGUCUCUUGUAUGAUUGGCGUAGGCCUCUACCUCUCCUACCUCUACUUUUACAUGGACCCUCGCAUCGCUAAGCGUGGCUGGCCCAUUCAAGAAAGUCGUCUUGUUCCGGCUCUACCAGCCGCCCUUGGUCCUACCAUUGGCUUGUUCCUUUUUGCCUGGACAGCUCGAUCCUCUAUUCACUGGAUCGUGCCCACCAUUGGCAUCACCAUCUACGGAGCUACAGUCUUUAUUGUCAUGCAGUGUAUCUUUGUGUACAUUCCUCUCAGCUACCCAAUGUAUGCUGCCAGUCUCUUCGCAGCGAAUGACUUCUUCCGAAGUGCUCUAGCUUGCGGCAGUGUUCUCUUUGCCCAGCCUUUGUUUGACAAUCUCGGUGUUGCUAAGGGUACCAGUCUUCUCGGUGGUCUAAGUGUUAUCGGUAUCAUUGGUAUUUGGCUGCUAUACUUUUACGGUGGCAAGCUACGAUCCCUCAGCAAGUUUGCUAUUUCGGACCAUGUUGAGUAG